AGGGCCGUUCGUGAAUUGGCACCAGCAAGCGCUCAAGCUUCUCCUUGAGCGAUCCAUCAAGUAUUGCAUUCCCAAUCUCCCGCAUUAAUUAGUUCCUGAUCUCGCUGCUUGAUCAACCCAGAUCGAUAUCCGCCCGCAUUCCACCUAUGGCACCAACGUCGAUGUGUUUUGACGCCAUCAACGGCGCUGCGGCAGCGCAGAAUGGCACUGCCCCGGUGCUGGCGACCAAGCCAGCCGCGCAGGCGCUGCAGUGCCCCAACGCGCUCAACGCUGACGACUUCCGGCGCCAGGGUCACCAAGUUAUCGACUUCAUCGCCGAGUACUACGGCGGCAUGGCCGACUACCCCGUCCACCCCAGCGUCACCCCCGGCUUCCUCCGCAACCUGCUCCCCGCCAGCGCGCCGUCCCGUGCGGAGCCCGACGCGUUCAGCUCGGCGCUCAAGGACAUCCGCGACCAUAUCCUCCCUGGCAUGACCCACUGGCAGAGCCCUCGCCAUUUCGCGCACUUCCCUGCGUCCAGCAGCACCGUCGGCGCCCUCGGCGAGGCUCUCACUGCCGGCAUCAAUGUCGUCCCGUUCACGUGGGCCGCUUCGCCGGCCGCCACCGAGCUCGAGAUGGUGGUAGUGGACUGGCUCGGCAAGGCGCUGCACUUGCCGGAAACUCUCUUGUUCGCCGGAGGCGGCGGGGGCACGCUUCUGGGCACCUCGUGCGAGGCCAUACUCUGCGCUCUCGUCGCUGCGAGGGACCGGAAGCUCGCCGAGAUUGGGGGGAGGAGAAUUGGCGACCUUGUCGUCUAUUGCUCUGACCAGACCCAUUUCGCCUUCCGGAAGGCUGCACGUAUCGCCGGGAUCCUGCGGGAACACAUCCGUGAGAUACAGACGUGCCAUGCAAACAUGUUCGCGCUCUCGGCCACGGCGCUGGAAGCCGCCAUGCAGGCUGACGUGGAGGCCGGUCUGGUCCCACUGUUCGUGUGCGCAACGGUUGGGACCACCCAGACAACGGCCGUUGACCCGAUUGGUGAGCUUUGCACCGUCACGGCACCUCACGGUGUUUGGGUCCACGUGGACGCGGCUUAUGCCGGCUCCGCGUUGGUCUGCCCAGAGUUUCGGCACGUGAUCAAUGGUGUGGAGUCUGUGGAUUCGUUCAGCAUGAACGCCCACAAAUGGCUCCUCACCAAUAACGAUUGCUGCGCGAUGUGGGUGAAGAAGCCAUCCGAGCUCAUCGCCGCGCUGGGCACGGAGCAGGAGUACAUCCUCAAAGACUCCGCCUCAGAGGGCCACGACAUCGUGGACUACAAGGACUGGACAAUGACAUUGACGCGCCGGUUCCGUGCGCUCAAGAUGUGGCUUGUGCUGCGUUGCUACGGCAUCGACGGCUUGCGCGAGCACAUCCGCUCCCACGUGCGCAUGGCCGAGGCGUUCGAGAACUUGGUGAGGGCCGAUGAGAGGUUCGAGGUUGUGACGGAUAGGCAGUUCGCAUUGGUGUGCUUCAGGCUCCGGUCUCCGGAGAAAUACGGUGGCGAGAAGACGGCCAAUGAGCUCAAUCGGAGCCUCCUUGAGGAGGUGAACGCGGUCACCUUGGGGCCGUACAUGAGCUCCGCAAACGUAGGAGGCAUGUAUAUGCUGAGGUGUGCCGUCGGGAGCACGCUCACAGAGGACUGCCACGUCACGGAUGGUUGGAAGGUCGUCCAGGAUCGGGCUACAUCGAUCCUUCGCAAAAUGGAGAUCAUCUACAGCGUGCUUGGUUAAGGUGAAUCUGCUUUGGUGAGGAACUUAUUCUAAGAUCGGCCGUUAUUGGGUCGGAUAUCCCUAAGAUGUGCAUGUUAUUAACGCAAUUGAUUUGCUGUACCUAUGUAUCUUUCCAUGCUCGUAAGUAUGUCUACAUUUUUUGAGUACGUAGUUAUCAAAAUAAAGGGUGUACUACUAGCUUGAGGAUGAAGAUGUACCGGAACAUAAGCCCCCUGUAACUAUUGUUAUAAUAUAAACUUUAUUUAUAUACU